AUGGUAGAAAGCAGUUUCACAACAACGAAUCGGCGACUUGAAGACGAGCGUCGCGCCAAGUUCUGCGGUACUGCCAGUAUCUGUAUAUCAUCACUGAAGCCGGCGUUGAGGACGGCGAACCGCGUUCGUCGUCCCGUCCCCGAACCGCUCAAGAGCUUAUACCGAGAAGAGCAUGGCUGCCGACAAGAAGAUCAUCGACACCAUGCCAAGGCUAUAAUCAGUCAGUCCGACCUGGAAGCCGCCCUGACGAAGGCAGGGAUCACGGCUUCUCGGCUCCAGGGCGAUGCGUUGCCCUAUCCGGUCUUAGGGCUCCCGCCCGGCGUACAGCUCGAAUGCCUUCAGGGCUCAGAUCGUAUCAUGGCAGCCGACGAGGUGUUUGACGGGUCGAACAAACAUUGGACAGUCGACCUGUAUCUGGACGACCUGAGCGAUGACCUGCGGGCGCUUUUCGUCGAAGAAUACGAGUACCAGAAGGAACCUGACGAUGGCGAGUUCUACUGCAAGAUUCGGGGGUAUCAGGGACAUCAUGGCGACGAAAACCCUUUCUUUGAAAGAAUCUGGCUGGGACGGCUGGCUGCUCUCUCCAAGAACCGUCGACAUCUUCUGGAUCAACUAUUCCGCCAUAAGAAAUACGCCGACGCCUUCGAUGCGCUCUUGGCUGUCCCGGCCCUCUUUUGCGGGUUUCGACUCAGCGUAGUGCACCAGGUCAUGUGCAUGAGGUGCGAAGAGGUAUGGAGCGAGAUAUGCGGCGGCGACGCCCAGGCUAUGCGGCUCGUUGAUCGACCGACGAUAGAGCGUUUGCAGGGAAAAGCGCCCGGGGCGUUCAGCGCGGACCACGACGAGCUCCUGAGCGACCUCAGAAGUGGGCGCAUUUUCGGAAACUUUUCCCAGCAACAACGGGAAGAAAUCAGAGCACGGGUCUGUAACGUCUCGCAACAAUGUCUGAUACCGUCGCUCUUCACUUUCUUCGAGGACCGAAAGUUCCUUCACGCUGCCGCCGGCUGCAUGAGACGGCUGACAGGUGUCAACUCCAAAGUCACAGUUUCGAGCCGCCUGGAUGAGAUGUUCCUGGACUCACAUCAGCAGCCUGAUCUGUGCAUAGUGCAGCUAUCUCCAACGGGCUAUGUGACCGUGCCGGGAGAUGCGGCAACCCGUUUCGACCUUGGCUGCCGGCAAUUGUGGCUUGCCGCCUUCCGAGAGUUCCGGGAACUGCCGACGGACGUGAAGAAGAAGAAGGACAUACUUGCGAAGGCUCGCGGGAGAGCUGACGAGACCACCCUUUUCCAGUUCGCUUCCCUUGCGAACAGACUGGGCUUCGAAUCGAAUGAGAUAAGCAACAUCGUGAGGGCGUCCUCGGAUGUCGAAGUCGCCAAACGUGUUUUGCUCUCCGCGAGAAAGCCAGGGCAGUAUCGAUUUCCCGAUCUGGAAAAAUGCAUACACCAGGUGACGGAGAUAUUGGCAACGGCGCAGCCCAUGUCUGCUGCAGAGACGGCGCCCGACUCUGGCUUGAGCGAACUGUGCGCGGAGCUGCCGAUCCGUUGUGGAGUUCCUCGCGACAACGAUCACGACCGCGACCAAACGAAGCUGUAUCUUCCCAGUGUACUGUCAGAGUUCAAGGGCGGGCAGAUACGCGUCACCUCAUUCUUUAUACGAAGGUCAGUUUACUUGUCGUACUUCGGUGGCCCUCCAUUCCUGGCUCACUUGGCUUUCGACCAACAGCCAACACAUCAUCUUGAUCUGGGGAUCCACGCAGUUAAUCCCGCAGACGGGGCGACUCACGGCUCCGAAGCACACACGAAUACGGCGGCACAGGCGGAAGCGCAGUCGAGGCUGGACCAUCUCAAUGAGCUUUCUCAAGCCGAGCAAGCCAAGCUUGACCACCUGCGAAAGCUGGUGCAGGAGCAACAAGGCCGCUUGAACGAGCUUAAUGAUAGUCUCGACCAAGCUGCUAGUGAACAAAACCCGCAGCGAGACGCAUUGGCGGUCAGAGUGCAAGAGGUAGGCGACCAGCACUCAGCCGAAACGAGGAUUGUAUCGAUCGAGACCGGAAACUUGAUGCCAGAGACACCACCGCUUGCGGACUUGACAGGCCGUCGUCCUGAAGAAAGGAGCCCUAGACCCACAAAACGACCCCGCAGAGUUACUCGUUUCGACUUCGACAGAGUUCAAGAGGGAAUUUCCUUAGAUACGGACAACGGUCCUGGCGGAGACGCGUCAUUGAGGCAGCAGACAAUCACCAUCAAGUUCUUCUGGGUAGAUGACUCUGGUCAGUGGAUCAGUUGCGGCGAGGUCUCCGCCAGCGCGUCCGAUUCAUUAGAAGUCCAACGGACGGCGGAAAAGUACGUGUGGAAGCAGUAUUGUCUGGUCGAUACCAGUUACAACUACUUGACUCCCAAAACAUGCUUCAAGAGGGUGACGGCAAACGCAACAAAUACGAUUCUCGUUGUUCGGCCUUACCAAGUGGGUUCGAUUAUUCAAGGCAGGAUAGUGUUGAAACAGAAUAAAUAA